AGGGUGGGAGAUGCAACAAUGUCCUUGAGAACAGCAGGAAGUGUGUUGGUGGUCUUUCUCUGGUCUGUAGCAGUGGUACUGGGUCAGGAUGGCUGGAGUGUGACUUACACCACUCAGAGUAUCUGUGUCUUGAAGGGGUCAUCAGUAGAGCCGUCCUGCUCUUACACAUAUCCCAGUGGUUAUACAGUCAGAACAACCUUCUGGUUCAACAAAUAUGAUGCUGUUGGUCUAGUAAGUCUGAGUGAUGACCCAGACUACAAAGGUCGUGUGACGUAUCGUAAGGAUAAAGAGAAUGGACACACCCUGACAAUCACAGACCUGAGAGAGAGUGACUCAGCUACGUACAAAUUCAGAUUUACAGAUCAGACUGGAACAUGGAAAUAUACUGGCGAACCUGGAGUCACUCUGUCUGUCACAGGUCUUCAGGUGAAGGUGACUGGAGGACAUCAGGAUAAGACACUGACCUGUAUCACCACCUGUACUCUGACUGACAACCCCACCUACAUCUGGUACAAGAACGGACAACAUCUAGAUGAGAGCACCUCCCCCCAGUACAAAGACCCAGUCUCCAGUAACUAUGUAGACAGUUACUCCUGUACUGUAAAAGGCCAUGAGGAUCUCCUCUCUCCUGCAGUGUGUGUCCAGGGUCAGGACUGCAACAGAGUGACUUACACCAAGAGGACAAUCUGUGCCUUGAAGGGGUCAUCAGUGGACAUAUCCUGUACUUAUUUCAGUCUUUAUAACAUCACAUCAUCACUCUGGUUUAGUCCUAAACAGAGAUCUAGGUGGAGGGAUGAGUUGAUCCCUGAGGACCUAACCACAGACCCAGGGUAUGCAGGUCGUGUGGAGUAUGUUGGAGAGAAGGAGAGAGGUCACUCCACCCUGAGAAUCACAGAUCUGAGAGAGGAGGACUAUGCUGAGUACAAGUUCAUAUUCAACACACAAACCUCAGGAUGGGGGUACAGCUUCCCUGGAACAACUCUGACUGUCACAGACCUGCAGGUGAAGGUGACUCCUGCCACAGAGGCAGGGAAGAGGACACUGACCUGUAUCACCACCUGUACUCUGACUGACAACCCCACCUACAUCUGGUACAAGAACGGACACAAAGUAAAGGAGGACACUUCCAGACUGGACUCCGACUCCUUUAGUGAUGCAGACAGCUACUCCUGUGCUGUAAAAGGCUAUGAGAAUAUCUUCUCUCCUGCAGUGUGUAAGAAGUGUUGGAGUGUGACUUAUACCCAUCAGAGUAUCUGUGCCUUGAAGGGGACAACAGUGGACAUAUCCUGCUCUUACACAUAUCCCAGUUAUCAUGAGAUCAAACAAGCUUUCUGGUUUACUAAAUGGUCUGGUAUGGAGGCUGAAGAUCUGAGCUCAGUGCCAGGGUAUGAGGGUCAUAUAGAGUACCUUGGAGAUAAGGAGAGUGACUGUACCCUGAGAAUCACAGACCUGAGAUUGAGUGACUCUGCUGGGUUCAGGUUCAGAUUCAUAACAUCUGGAGGAAAGUUUUCUGGCCCACCUGUCUCCCUGACUGUCACAGAUGUUGUGUUGGAGAUGGAUCCUACAUCUGUGUCAGAGGGGGAGAGAGUCACACUGAGAUGUAGAACCAACUGUACACUGAACCCCAUCACAGCCUACAGUUGGUAUAAGAAUGGACAGUCUAUACCAAACAGCAACACCUCUUCUCCUGUCUAUAUCCUAUUCUCAGUCAGCAGUGAGGAUACAGGCAGAUACUCCUGUUCUGUAGAAGGACAUGAGGAUCUCCCCUCUGAUGAAGAGACUCUCACUGUCACAUACGGCCCAAAGAACACCUCAGUGUCAGUCAGUUCCUCUGGUGAAAUAGUGGAGGGCAGUUCAGUGACUCUGACCUGCAGCAGUGAUGCCAACCCACCUGUGGACAAAUACACCUGGUACAAGAAGAAAGUAACCUCACCAAAAGCAUCAGGACAGAGUUACAGCAUCACUAACAUCAGCUCUGAGGACAGAGGAGAAUACUACUGUGAGGCCCAGAAUGGAAGAGGAUCUAUGAACUCUACAGCUCUGAUGAUCAUUGUAGCAGGGAAACAAACCUCAGUUCUGACUGCAGCUGUAGGAAUCAUAGUGGUUGUUCUGGUUCUCAUCCUCUGUCUCUCUGGACUCAUGUGGUUCAGGAAGAAGGCCUCCAAAUCCCCCUCUGACACAAGAGACACAGCAGACGGACAGGGAGACUCUAGUCCAGUGUAUGACAACGUCUCAAGCCUGGCCAUGAGCCCCAAAGACAACCAGGAUGACAUUCACUACGCCAGCGUCCACUUCUCUCACUCCAAAAACCAGGAAGUGCCUCUGUACUCCACCGUCCAACAGUCUCAAACCCAGAAACAGGAAGAAGAUGUCCAGUACUCUGCUGUGAAAUUCAACCGCCCCACUGCUGCCACCCGACCCGCAGCAGCACAAGCAGCUGAGGAAGACUCCUCUGUUCUCUACAGUACAGUCAACAAACCCUGACCCAAGAAAUCCUGAACAGAACUAACCCAGAACCAAGAAGACCUGCACACAACAAACGCAGAACCAAGAAGACCCGAACAUUACAAACCCAGAACCAAGAAGACCUGAACAGAACUAGCCCAGAACCAAGAAGACCUGAACAGAACUAGCCCAGCACCAAGAAGACCUGAACACAACAAACCCAGAACCAAGAAGACCCGAACAUUACAAACCCAGAACAAAGAAAACCUGAACAGAACUAACCCGGAACCAAGAAGACCUGAACACAACAAGUUUAACCUUGUAUAUCUGGACCCGUAUAUUAUAACUAAGUGGUAUAAUUAAGCAAUAAGGUCCGAGGGGGUGUGGUAUAUUGGCCUAUAUACUGUACCACGGCUAAGGACUGAUCUUAAGCACGACACAAUGCAGAGUUCCUGGAUACAGCCGUUAGCAGUGGUAUAUUGACCUAUAUACUGUACCACGGCUAAGGACUGUUCUUAAGCACGACACAACGCAGAGUUCCUGGAUACAGCCGUUAGCAGUGGUAUAUUGGCCAUAAACCACAAACCCCCGAGGUGCCUUAUUGCUAUUAUAAACUGGCUACCAACAUCAAUAGAAAAGUAAAAAAGUAUUUUUGCGUCA